GCGGGAAACCCUAAUAGCCGGGAGACGGAUGGCCGGGCAGGAAGGAGAAGGGAUGGAAGACGCCCCGGCUGCGAUUUCAAGCGAACGAGAGCCACCGACCCCAGAUCAUGCUGCAGAUCGCGUGCAUGGGGGCGAAACCGACCCCCACAGAGAGAGAGACCCCUUCUCUUGCCUAAAGGAACUGGAAAGUGUCGCCCCCCGCAAAUCUAGCAAAGAAGACAAGGAGCCACCCCCAAAGCAACUUUGUGGAUAUUUAAAUAAGUUUGGUGGUAAGGGGCCAAUCAAGGGCUGGAAAUCGCGUUGGUUCUUCUAUGAUAGGAAAAAAUGUCACUUAUAUUACUCCAGGACUGCCCAGGAUGUUAAUCCCUUGGGUAGUAUCGACCUCUCCAGUGCUGUCUUUGAUUGCAAUGUCGAAGCAGAAGCAGGAACCUUUGAAAUCAAAACUCCAAACCGAAUUUUUAUCCUGAAGGCAAUCAACAGACAGGCGAUGAUGUAUUGGUUGCAGCAGCUUCAGAUUAAACGUUGGGAGUACUGUAGAAGCCAGAUGGGAAUUCCUGCUCUGAGUACUGCUGAUGCCGCUGGGCUGGAGAGUGAAUCUCAACUGCAAAUCACAAUAGAAGCUGCUGAGAAUGAGGAGCUCUGGUGCCCUGUGAAAACACCAACUGAUGUAGUAGGCCUAGGAGCUGCUUCUCUACCUGCUCCUCAGAUGUCCGUUGCCUUUCCAAACAUUUCCCUCAAACACCUUGGCACUGAAAUACAAAAUACAGUGCAUAAUAUCUGUGGCAACAAACAACCCGCAUGGAAUGACCGGGCUAUAGGCGAUGAAGUGCAAGAGCUCGGCCAAAAACAGGAUGAGGAGCAACGUCUCCAAGAGGACCCAGUGCCUGCCGCAGGAGAAGAUGCUGAAGAGGGCACAAAGCCUAUUCAGAAACCAGGCCUGACGGCAAGCUUUACACAGAAAACCAAAAAGCAGAAUAGCAGUUUCCCUCUCUUUGCUGAAGGGCUUGUCCGGGACAAAACCUCCCAGGACAAAGUCACGUUUCUCCAGCAGCAGAUUUUGAUGCUUACGGAGGAGUUAAAGUCUCAGAAGGGACUCGUCAAGAUUCUCCACAAAGCCCUCGAGGCAGCUCAGCAGGAGAAAAGGGCAACCAGUAUGUACCUCACAGCCUCUGAAGACAAGGACCGCCUGGAGCUGCUCCGGCAUAAGGUGAGGCUAAUCGCGGAUCUGAGCAAGCGGGUCGAGGCCCUCGAACAAGACAAGAAAGAGCUGGAGCAGACCUUGGGGCUGAAGGAUGAGCACAUUCAGGAACUGAAAGAGCACGUGCGGCUGCUGAUGGACAAGAACAACGCCAAGCAGCAAGUGAUCUCUAAACUGUCAGAAAAGCUGACCAAAGAUUUGGUCGACGGGCUUGACGCGGGAGCCAUUCCGAAGCAGUGUGAGAAGAUUGAGCACUUGAAGGAUGACAUUGAAGCUUACAAGACACAGAACCAGUUCCUGAAUGCUGAGAUCCAUCAGGUCACGAAGAUAUGGAGAAACGUUGCCGAGAAGGAGAAAGUCCUUCUGAUGAAGUGUGCCUAUCUCCAAGCCCAAAAUUGCCAGCUCGAAAGCAAAUACCUUGCGGUCUUGCGCAAAAUCCAGGACUCUCUACCUGAGGAGGCUCAUGAAUACGGGGAAAUAGUGAAGAACGUGAUCCAGGAGGCUCUGCAGUUGGAUAUAAAAGAAGGAACAGUGGACUCCCUCAAACUGAAUUCCAUCAGUGAGUACGACAACUACGGAUUCAUGACCGUCCCUGAAUAUGAAGUCGAGGACUUGAAGCUGCUUGCGAAAAUCCAAGCCUUGGAGAUCAGAUCCAAUUACCUCCUGAACCACGAGACAGUGGAGAAACCGCUGCAGGAGAGGUGGAACAACAUCGGGGAGCCGAUGCUGUCCACGGACCUGAAGAAUCUGAUCCGGAGCGGCAUCCCCGUCAAGCGGCGUCAGCAGAUCUGGAGGUGGAUGGUCAACCUGCGGGUGAGGGCCAUCCAGACGCCCAACCGCUACGAGGAACUGCUGAGGAAGUGUGAGGCCACGGAGAAUCCCGCCUUCCAGCAGAUCGAACUGGACUUAAACCGUACCUUCACCAACAACAAGCACUUCGUGUCACCCACCUCCAAGUUCAUUGCUAAGCUCCGGAGGGUUUUGCUGGCCUUCUCCUGGCAGAACCCAACUAUUGGCUACUGUCAAGGGUUGAACAGGUUGGCAGCGAUUGCACUCCUUGUUCUCGAAGAAGAGGAAAGUUCCUUUUGGUGCCUGGUGGCUAUCGUGGAGACCAUAAUGCCAGCAGAUUACUACAGUAAGACACUGAUAGCAUCCCAGGUAGAUCAAAGAGUUCUCCUGGAUUUUUUGUCUGAGAAGCUUCCCAGGUUGAUGGCUCAUCUGAAACUGCACAAAAUCGACCUCUCGCUAGUCACCUUCAACUGGUUUUUGGUGGUUUUUGUGGACAGUCUGGUCAGUGACAUCCUCUUUAGGGUCUGGGACGCCUUCUUGUAUGAGGGGGCCAAGGUGAUAUUCCGGUACGCCCUGGCAAUAUUUAAGUACAAUGAGGAGGAAAUCCUCCGAAUCCACGACAGCCUGGAGAUCUACCAGUACCUCCAGUUCUUUACCAAGACCAUAUGCGAUGGCAGGAAGCUGAUGAACAUUGCCUUCAAUGAUAUGAACCCAUUCCCCAUGAAACAGCUGAGGAACCGUCGAGCGCUCCACAGAGAGAAGCUGGAGGCCGAACUGAGAGAACUGGAGAGCAUCAAAGCAGAAUACGUGAAAGAGAGAGCCAGGCAAAGAAGCAAGCCACUUGAAGGAUGCAAUAGUGAGGAUGAGGAAGACACGUAAAUAAAGGCCCUUCAGUAGGCUGCUUGGGGAUUUCAUAGUCGCAUCAGGUUUAAUCACUGCCGCUCUGAAAGGCUUCCCGUUUCCCAUCUUCUGAGACAGUUGGCGAUGAAGCCUGUUUUCUUUUCUCCGGGCUCUUUGUGAUAUUAAGGCCAGCGGACAAAUGGAAACAAGUUGGCCAGG